CUUGGGGGGGUCCUGCUGAGUCCUAUAGUAUAAGAGCACCCUCUGGUCCCCCCUUACAGACAAGUACAAAUUAUCAGGCUCAGCGGCACAAGCAGCCCCCCAGUCUGUCCCUGCCUGCGCUCCCAGACUUUGCCUCUGUAGGAUUGAACAGGCGGCCGCUAAUUCAUUAUGGAAUUUCUCACUGAGAAGUUUGCUCUAAAGAACCAGCCAAGCAAAGCCAGCGAUUUCUACAUGGGGGCAGCGGGCACACUGGAGCAUGUUAUGGACUCCAUGGACACUGAUUCGUUUUACAAUAAGAGCCCAGCAGGCAAGUGUGUGCAGGCCUUCAGUGCCAUCCAGAGGGCUGAGCACCAUGUCAGAAUGGAGCGGGCAUCCCCCUGCCAGGACACAAACGCGAGCUACGGCCUGGCCAAGGUGGAAGGGCAGGCGGUACACACCGAGCUAGGGAGGCCCAUGGAAACCUGCUGCAGCCUGGCGGUCUCCCCGGGGAAGGCAAUGGCGGACAAAGUGGAUCUGGACGAGCUGGGGGAUAAAUGUGACAGCAACGUGUCCAGCAGCAAGAAGAGGAGGCACCGCACCACAUUCACCAGCCUGCAGCUGGAGGAGCUAGAGAAGGUGUUCCAGAAGACCCAUUACCCCGAUGUGUAUGUCAGGGAGCAGCUGGCACUGAGAACCGAGCUCACCGAGGCCAGAGUGCAGGUCUGGUUCCAAAAUCGCAGAGCCAAGUGGAGAAAGAGAGAACGUUAUGGGCAGAUACAGCAAGCUAAGAGUCAUUUCGCUGCUACGUACGAUAUAUCUGUGUUACCAAGGGCAGACAGUUAUCCACAGAUUCAGAACAACUUGUGGGCAGGAAAUCCAAGUGGAGGAUCAGUUGUGACCUCUUGCAUGUUACCCCGAGAACCCUCUGCUUGUAUGACACCAUACUCCCACUCUACCAGGACCGACUCUCCAUACACGAGUUUUACAAAUCAUCAGAACCAAUUUAGCCACGUGCCCCUAAAUAACUUCUUCACUGAAUCCUUAUUAUCAGGCUCUGCAAACGGACAUUCUUUUGAAGCGAAACCAGAGUUUGAAAGGAGAUCAUCCAGUAUUGCAGUAUUGCGAAUGAAAGCCAAAGAGCACACAGCAAACAUAUCAUGGGCUAUGUAAAUUAAACUGUAUUUUUUAUUUUGUUAUAAAAGCUUCUAAUACACUUUAUUUUUUUGUAUUUAAACAUUUUUAUAAACCUGUGUCUGAAAUGUUUUGUUUAUUAAAAGUU